AUGCGUUUAACCACGCUAAUCUCGUCGCUACUCCUAGCGACAACUGCCACCGCUGGCGGUCCUAGCUUCGGCCAGGCUGAGAAGAAGUACCUGGAGCAUGUCGCCAAUAGACUCAAGAACCAUGCUGCUCAGGUCAAGGCCGAGCCGGUUGUUGAGCGUGAUGUCGUCAAGACUCAAGGGUUCAAGUUUCUGAACGACAACACUGAAAAGUUUGCUGUCAACGGGACCAACAUCCCCGAUGUUGACUUCGACGUGGGAGAGUCCUAUGCCGGUACUUUGCCCAUCAGCCAGGACCCCGAGGAGACGAGCAAGCUGUUCUGGUGGUUCUUCCCAUCUACCAACCCGGCCGCUAAGAAGGAAAUUCUAAUUUGGCUCAACGGAGGUCCUGGCUGCUCUUCCUUGGAAGGUUUCCUCCAAGAAAACGGCCCCUUCCUCUGGCAAUACGGCACCUACAAGCCCGUCAAAAACCCCUGGAGCUGGCACACCCUGACCAACGUGAUCUGGGUCGAGCAGCCCGUGGGCACCGGUUUCUCCACGGGCAACGUGACGGCCACUUCCGAGGAGGACGUGGCUGCGCAGUUCAUGGGUUUCUGGAAGAACUUCAUCGACACCUUCGCCAUGCAAGGGUACAAGGUGUACAUCACGGGCGAGUCGUACGCGGGUCUGUACUGCCCUUACAUCGCCUCGGCCUUCCUCGACGCCAACGACAAGGAGUACUACGACAUGUCCGGCCUGAUGAUCUACGACCCGGUCAUCUCGUGGGACGAGGUCGCCGAGCCCAUCCCCGUCGUCCAGUUCACCGAGUACUGGCAGGGACUGUUCCCCUUCAACGACACCUUCCGCGAGCACAUCAAGAAGGUCGACGCUAAGUGUGGCUACUCCGACUUUGUCUCGCAGUACCUCGUCUACCCGCCCAAGGGCCCGCAGCCCUCCAAGUUGCCUGGUACCGAUAAGAACGGCACCACGCGCGACGAGUGCUGGGGCUUGUUCUACGAGAUCUUCGACGCCAUCUUGUUGCUGAACCCGUGCUUCGACAUCUACCAGGUUGCCACCACCUGCCCCCUGCUGUGGGACGUUCUUGGCUUCCCGGGCUCGAUGGAGUACCUGCCCGACGGCGCCGAGGCGUACUUUGACCGGGACGACGUCAAGAAGGCCAUCAACGCGCCCGAGAACGUCAAGUGGUCCAGUUGCGCGGAGCAGGAUGUGUUCGUGGGCGGACGCGAUCGGUCGGAGCCGUCUGCCUUCCGCGCGCUGCCGCACGUUAUUGAUGCCACCAAGAACGUGAUCAUCAGCCACGGCGCGCUGGAUAUGGUCCUGAUUGCCAACGGCACGCUCCUGGGCAUCCAGAACAUGACGUGGGGCGGCAAGCUGGGCUUCCAGAACAAGCCUGACCAGCCCUUCUAUGUUCCUUAUAACACCAUGACGGACCUGUCGACGCUGGCGGCCGGUGGCGUGUUUGGAUCCAUGGGCAGCGAGAGAGGCUUGACCUGGGUCCAAAUCGACAUGACUGGACAUAUGGUGCCCCAAUAUGCCCCGUCCGCGGCGUACAGGCAGCUCGAGUUCUUGCUGGGCAGAGUCAACUGCUUGAACUGCACGGCCCCCUUCACCACGAACCCGGAUGCGCCGCAGAGCCAGCAGCCCUUGGGCAAGGGCACGGCACCUCAGAGCUGGAGCAAGUUCUCGGGUAAGAAGGGGGGCCGCCAAGGAGGUGGAAAGGGCAGGUUUGCCAUGUAA